AGGGGUGGUCUGUCAGUUUACCGGAUGACCGCGUGAGCGCGCUGCCGCGCAAGACCAACCCUCUAUUCGCGCUACAUCCGGCGAACGUGACUGAUCGUGUUCGAUUCGCUACCGUUGGAAAACAGUCGGGUUUUGUCGCUCGGCCAAUGGUACGCGAUCUCCGUACGUAUUCUUUACCUCGUCGCGUUUUUCUUAUCACGGAUCUUUUUCGAUCAUUCGUUCCUAUACUUAUCCGUUAACGUGCUACAAUCGACGGCUUGGAAAGUCACCAUCUAUCGACCGCCGUCACUGACCGGUCCGUCUUUUCGCUCUUUUCUUCGUUCUUCACAUCAUACCAACCGUAUACCUACCGCUGCACUUUGGAUCCUGUUCCCUCUCGAUCCGAUCGAGCCGUUCUCAUCUUGCGCGACCCUGUGACUCUGCGCAGUUUUCGUGACCGUAAACCCUUCGCAGCAAGAAGAGCAUCAUGGUAUAUCGUUCUCCUACGGCCACCGAAUAGCAAAUUAAUUCGAAAAAAGGAAACAGAGAAGAAGGUCAAAGAAGAAAAAUAAAAGCGAGAAAGCGAGUAAGAGGAACGGAGCAGGGAGAAAGAGGGGGAGGGAGGGGGAGAGAUUCCUUUCCUCAAAUAGUGUGUAGUGUAUUCUUGGUGGAUGGUAUCGCAAGGAUCGGUAGCUAGUUCGUGAUGGGGGUGGCAACCAGUUUAUCAGACGUAGUCAGUACAAGAAAUCCACCAGGAAGAUAAUGCAGAUAAAUGCCUUCGGAGGGAAGAGCGGACAAGUAACAGAGGAUUAUAUGUUGUCAGCCAAAUGCCCGUGAACACUCGAGAUCGUCGAAGAAACAGCCAAGGCCCGAUAAAUACGGAAAUGGAGCCUGCACGAGGCAUGUCUGCACGAUAGAUUCGACUCGGAUGCGAUGACUGGCCCAAUUAUGGAAACAAAUAACGUGCGACGGCGGUGUAAAACUAAACAAUCGAAAACAUGAAAUUCGUAGAUCGCAAAAGUAAUUAAAAAAUGAAAUAGCGCCGCGUUCGUUACACGCUCUUUGAGAAAUUUCGAAUCGAGGCAGCUUUAUACUGUUGUGCAAUUUCCACGAUACGUGUCUCUUGCGUACAAGAAAAUAUCCUAACCGAGCGAAAUUUUCGCUAUUUGCAACGCGUACUGUUUGUCCGCGUUCUCUUCCUUCGGGAGAUUGUCCGUUUUAUGAGAUUAAGUCUGUCUGUAGGCGAUUCGUAUAGACACCUUUUUUUUGCCUCGGUAACGCGAAAAGACUUCGUAGGCAAAAAGAUGGAAGGUAAUCUGGAAGCGUGUAAGCAACGGCAACGGCAGCAGCAACAGCGGCACCAGCAGCGAUGGCGGCACCAUCAACGGCAACUCCAGCAACAACAGCUAACCAAGAAACGAAAAUAUGUGGAACAUUUGAACGUUAAAAGAACAUCCCUCGGUGAAUGGUAACCGCGGCGGCGGCGGUCCAGUCCAGUCGGCAAUAUCGGUAAAAACAGUAGCGAGUGAAACGCGUCGAACGAGUACAAGUAUCAUCGAUCGCAUAUCAGGUGAUCGCGAGAAUGAAAUCGCACGUUUACACGUUGCCCGCGCGAGCACGAUCGACACCGAAGUCAACCAUAAUAGACGCGACGUUAACAAAGAACGAGAGCAACGACGCGUUCCAGAGGGAAUAACAGGGAGAGAACGAGAGAGAAAGAGAGAGAGAGGGAGAGAGAGAGAGAGAGAAAGAGUGAGAGAAAGAGAGAAAAGUAAAAUGAAAGAGUGGCCGUUUGAUACAGUCAAUUAAGUUGCCUCGUCGCCAUUAAAUUUAAGCAGCGGUAAAAGCGAUCGCUUUCAAUGCACACGCGCACAAUGAGAUAGUACGAACCGGUGGCAAGAUUACUGCUUGAGUAAUCGGAAGCCGGCUAAUAAAGCCAAUUAAAAGUGUCAAUCGGCAAUCGAUAGAUCGUGUCUCGCUUUUCUAACAGACACUCGGAAAGUAUUCGAGCGAAGUAGAAGAGAAGGAUGGCUACGGUUCCAAGACGAACCAGUUCUAGCCGAUGCUGGCCUGGUCUCUUAACGGCCGCUUACCUUUGCGCCUUCGUCCUGUGGAUCGACGGAAUGCUUGGCUGCACCGGGCAGAGACCGAAAAAUAUAGGCACGAAAAAACGAGACGUUUACAUCGCCGGAUUCUUUCCGUACGGUAGUCACGUGCCCGAGAGUCACAUCGGUCGUGGUGUCAUGCCUUCGGUCAAGCUCGCUGUUGAUCAUAUCAACGAGAAUCGCCGUGUCCUUAAAAACUACCGACUGCACAUGUGGUGGAACGACACAGAGUGCAACGCCGCCGUUGGCGUGAAAGCGUUCUUCGAUAUGAUGCACAGCGGACCGCACAAGGUGAUGCUAUUCGGAGCAGCUUGCACGCACGUCACAGAUCCCAUCGCUAAAGCAUCGAAGCAUUGGCGUCUCACGCAGCUUAGCUACGCAGACACGCACCCGAUGUUUACGAGCAAUAGCUUUCCAAAUUUCUUUAGGGUGGUGCCUUCCGAGAACGCGUUCAACGCUCCCCGCGUGGCGCUUUUAAUGCAUUUCAAUUGGACCCGGGUCGGUACAAUUUAUCAAAACGAACCGAGAUACGCUCUGGCACACAAUCGGCUGCUCACAGAUCUGGAUGACUACAGCAUGGAAGUAGUGGAGUCGCAAAGCUUCGCCACCGAGGUGACCACGGCGCUCGAGAAGCUAAAAGAGAAAGAUGUUAGGAUAAUUUUAGGGAAUUUUAACGAAGCGUGGGCUAGACGAAUAUUCUGCGAAGCGUAUAGAUUUGGCAUGUUUGGGAGAAAAUAUCAAUGGGUGAUCAUGGGAACGUAUGCUAAUGACUGGUGGAUGCAUUCUGGGGGCGGAUGCAAUUAUACUAAUCUUGUGGAAGCUCUGCAGGGUGCUAUAUUAACUGACCUGCUGCCGAUCAAGACGGAGGAGCAGGAGACCGUAGCUGGAAUCACAACCGAGCAGUAUCAGUUCGAGUAUGACUCGAGACGAGGCGGGGAGUAUUCCAGAUUCCACGGAUAUACGUACGAUGGUAUAUGGGCGGUUGCUCUAGCUAUAGAACACGUGGCAGGCAAGAUAACACAUCACCGUCGCAAUCAGACCAUGUCGGAUUUCAGAUACAGAGACGAAUUUUGGGAAGAACUUUUUCUCGAAGCUCUGAAAAACACCAGCUUCGAAGGUGUCACGGGACUCGUACGUUUCUAUGAUAACGAAAGGAGAGCGUAUAUUCUGUUGAAACAGUUUCAAAGAGACAGAGAGGUAAAGGUCGGCGAAUUCAAUGGCAUGACAGGGGUUCUGAAUCUGUCCAAGGGCGAACCCUUGGUUUGGGGAGGAAAAUCACCACCAAAAGAUCGAACGCUUCACAUCAUCGAGCAAUCGACCGUAAAUAUUACGAUCUACGCCCUGCUCGCUUCCGCGGCUAGCGUGGGUAUCACCAUGGCGGCCAUUUUUCUCGCCAUCAAUAUCAAAUAUAGAAAUCAAAGAUACAUAAAAAUGUCAUCGCCGCAUUUAAACAACCUCAUUAUCGUCGGAUGCAUGCUGACCUACAGCAGUGUAAUUUUCCUUGGGUUAGAUUCGCAGCUGUCCAGCGUAACGGCAUUUCCCUACAUUUGCACCGCCAGAGCAUGGCUAUUGAUGGCUGGCUUUUCCUUGGCCUUUGGUUCCAUGUUCUCGAAAACAUGGCGAGUACACUCGAUAUUCACCGAUGUUAAAUUGAAUAAGAAGGUGAUAAAGGAUUACCAGCUGUUCAUGGUGGUCGGUGUAUUAUUGGUUAUCGAUUUGGGAAUUAUGACGACCUGGCAGGUUGCAGAUCCAUUUUACCGAGAAACGAAACAAAUGGAGCCUUAUCCUCAUCCUUCCAGCGAAGACAUCAUCAUAAUACCAGAAAAUGAAUACUGUCAAAGUAAUCGAAUGACCAUUUACUUAGGAUGUAUAUAUGCAUACAAAGGUGUCUUGAUGAUAUUUGGCGCGUUUUUGGCAUGGGAAACCAGGCAUGUUAGUAUUCCGGCGUUAAACGACAGCAAAUACGUCGGAAUGAGUGUAUACAAUGUUGUGAUCAUGUGUGUCACCGGAGCAGCUAUAAGCUUCGUGUUGGCUGACAAACAAGACGCCAUGUUCAUUAUGUUGGCGAUAUUCAUAAUAUUCUGCAGCACCGCUACUCUAUGCUUAGUUUUCGUACCAAAGCUGAUAGAAUUGCGAAGGAAUCCUCAAGGUGCGAUAGAUAAACGAAUCAGAGCCACACUCAGGCCAAUGUCGAAGACGCGAAGGGAUUCGAGCAUCACCGAAUUGGAAGAACGUUUGAAAGAAGCCACGCUGGCGAAUCAAAAGUUUCGUAAGCAACUGCUAGAAAAGGAUUCAGAACUUCAGAUGUUUCUAAGGAGGAUCGAUGAUCAAACUGCAUCGAAUACGCAAGAAGCGAUGGACAGACUGACGGUUCCGAGACAAGAAGGCACAACAGUGAAAAAAGAGGGUCUAUCCGUUACGACAGAGACAACGGACAUUUCGAUGUCGAUGUGCAGCCUAAACUCGACUACCACAUCUCAACCGGAAGGCGGCGACUACACGAAUUCAACCGCGACUGAGCAUCAAAUUGGCAAGAAAAAGACAUCUUUCUCGAAGGUACCGGCAAUCGCGAUCGAUAGCGAACGAGUUCCUUUGGUUCCUGAAAUGCAAGAGAUCAAGAAGGGGACCGUAGAUAGCUCGACCUCGGCUCCACCCUCGGCAUUGAAACAUGCGGACGACUUCGGCCGUAGAAGAAGUCGUUCGUCCGGACCUGGAAAAGAGAGCGAGCCUCUUCUUACCGAAAGGAGUCCGGACUCACGACCGGAUGCUGGUAAAACGAAUGUCGAAUUCGUCCCGGAAAUUGUCGAAGAAGGAGACGCUAUUAUCCUCGAAGAGACUGAGAUACCCAGACAUGGAAAGUCGAUCAGAUGUAAAGACGAUCGUAGGUCCAGACUCCCUACACCUCCGCCGACGAAAAAUGUUUCGUUUGGUGAACUUCAUGAGCAGAACUACCUCGAGCAGGCGAUUCUGCCUCCUCCACUGCAAUUCGUGCCCAAACAUCGACAUUCUGUUGCGGCGACAAACGCAUCCGCUCAUCACUCUCUAAAAAGGAGAUCGUCCGUAAAAAGUAACGGAAUGGCUCAUUCCCAUCACGAGUUGUUCCAAACCCGGAGGACUAGCGUACCGGCCAACUGCAUCAGCUAUAUUUCGACUGAAAACGUAUCCAAAUCCGAAGCAACGGAAAUCUCGCUGAAUUCUGGCCUCGAUAAAUCUUACGUUAUCGGCGAGUGCGGUCAUCGUCGGGCGUUACUUUCUGGUACUGGGUACCGCUGCGAGAAACACGGUGGUCGAAGACACUCCCGGACGAUGUUGAACGGCUCGGCAGAAACUCCGCCUCCACCGCGAAGGCAGAAAAAGCACUAUGAUUCUCAAAACGCAAGUUCUCCGAGUGUGCCCGCUAUGGUCAACGCGAGUUACUCCGAUACAGAGAAAUAUGAAGGAUCCAUGUCAACGAUCAUCCAGCGGUCAGUGUCCGAGAGAUCGCGAGAAAAGUGCCCUAGGCUGCGAAGCGAGGGUCACGCGAUGAUCGAGUGCCCGCAUCGCGCCACCCGCCGAAUACGAGAAUGCAGACACACCGAAUCGAAGCUACGGCAGCAGGCUCGCCUGGAAUACGUGCAAAGUACGCCAAAUGUCGCUACCAUUCACAAUAACAAAUUUGCAAGCGCGAAUCCUCGUGGGGGUGGCAGUGGCGGUGGCGGUGGCAGUGUUGCGGCUGGAAGUGCGAACGGACCGGGAACAGCCAGCUCCGUGACCGGUAGCAGUUCAGACGUUGUUGGUGGUUCCGCUGCGAACGUUUCGAAAAUGUAUAGUGCCGUGUCGGACGGCGAAUUGCUCGAUCUAGCGAUCUUACCGAUUUUUCAGAAGCUGCUCACCGAGAGGCACAAAAGUUCCUCGAGGGCCGGCUACGGCGCUAGUGUAGCCAGCUGUCCGAAUAUAUCUAUCAAAUGCGACAUCGUUGAAUACCUUUAACGAUCUUCCAACGAUUAGUUUCGAAUUUCGUCUGGUGAUCUCGUUCUCUAUCUUUUUCCCUUUAUUCGAAUCCUCUUUCUCUCUUCACGGCCUUAAGACGCGUCAUCAACUCGCGAAACGCGUUCCCUGACGGCCGAGACUAUGACAUCUUUUUUCGCGAGCAAUCAUCGUUCCUUUCUCGAGCCUGCCUACCUUUGCGAUACUCUCGCGGACGUUUGAACGAGCAGCAGCGCUGCUAUUUCGAAUAUACGUAAAUGUAUACAAAUAAGACGCUAUGUUAUUCAUAAGUCAUCGGACGCUUCGUAUGUUUCUUACAUAGAGAUAUAUAUGAACGUUGUAAUUGCAAAAAGAAGUUGACAUUUAUUAAUCGUUUUUAUGAUAAGAAAAUUAUACUAUGUUUUAAAGAUCUUAUUAUAAAAUAUUUUAAUAAACGUUAUGUUUCAAAUUGACGAGGGACUGAUGACUUAUGGAUAGGAGUCCUAUCAUAGGACUAAGUGGGAAUAAGCGAACGUUACAUUCCUAUGCGGACGGAAAGGAAACGAUAUCGAAGGACUAACGAGAGGAUGCCGGCCUCUGUUCGACGCUCGAGAAUCUUUUAGCCUUUCGGUUAACGAAACGAAUCGAACGAAUCGCUCGCGAUAUUCUACGAACAAGUUUUACGGAAAUCUACAGCGUCUGCACUGUAACGAUUACUCUUCUGAACCUUUGCCAUUUUCGUUUCCUCGUCUCGAUUCUCGUUCCGACGACGAAACGUCGUACAAAACGAUACAGCCACAUGACGCCUUUGCGUCCACGAGAAAACGGAUGUCACAGCGACCUAUCGUUCCGAAAGCCCCCCGUUCCAAAAGCGGAGCCCCGUUUUUUAUAACAAAUUACAUGAAAGCAGUUUGUCAUACGAAAAUAAAAAAAUAACGUUGCAUCGAUUCGGUCGAUAAGAAAGAAUAGCCAGUAUUGAAAUGAACGUAGAAAAAAAGGGUGUUAGCGUAUGCGUCUAAUCUAACUCUAUCAUUGUAAGCGUGCGUAAUCGUUUUAAAUAAUUUUAUAGCGUACGAAAUUCGUACAAUCGCUGUUUAGCAAAUUCGAAGAAUAGACGUACGAGUCGAAAAAUUUCGAACCGUUUUAUAGGAUUUUUCCCUCGCGUUUCGAGGGAGAUAACUUUUUUUUACGUUAUACCAAGAGUCUCUUCUUAAAAAAGAAACAGAAAAAAUAAAAAAGUACAAAAAAAACGAACAAAAAGGAUUAAAGGGAAAAGAAAAUGAAAAAAAUAUAUCACGUAUGUUGAUUUUUGCCGCAAAUACGCGUUCGCGUCAUAUUAAAUCAUAUUUAACGAACUUCUUACUACUGUACUGACGCGAAUUAAUUCUAAACUGAUUGUUAUCAACUCCUGAGACAGCUCAAAACACACUAACACAUUGACAUGAAAAAUAAAUAAACAAGUGAAGCAUACAAUAAGCGUUCACAAUAAGAGGCUUUUAAAAAUAUUGCCUUUGUCAUGAUCUGAAAAUGUAUUCGCUUUUUCACGAUAAACGGCCGGCGUCUUUUUGUUGACGAAAUAUAUCACAAUGUAAGCAAUUUGCGGGCAAGUUCUAAAUGUGAUCUAAAUGCCUAGUAAAAGGAAUCGAUGAAAUACUGUAUUAUCUUUUCGUUCCGCGUAUUUUAUCCUAACCCAUUUUCCUCUUCUUCUCUACCCCGCGCUUUCUCUGUUUCUCUUUCACCUUCCUUCCUUGUUCCAUAUUGUUUCAUUCGUAUCUUUUCUCCUUCUGUUCUUCUAUACGUAUUGUUUUUUUUCUUUUUUUUUUUUUUACUAAAAUCUGAAACAGCCUACGAUAAUCGAAAAGUCGAAAAAGCGUCCGGAUAUUUGGAAAAGCGUAUUCUCUGAGAGCCUAAUGCUCGUCACAGAACCUUCAUUGUGUGGUUACGCGAGUCUUGUAUAUAACUAUCGAAAUAAAUGUCAUGUUUACAGGUAAAAAUAGGCAUUUAUUAUGUAACAUGAAUUAUACCCGCUUCAUACUUUUUAAGACAGUUUACAAGCAGGCGUAACUCCUCUUUUUAACUAUAAACACACUUAUCUUUGUAUGUUGUGUCACAGUGAUUUUCAAUCGUUUGCGAAACUCGCGAUGCACGAAACAUCGAAAUUUGAAAACUUUGGAAAAAUUUCGAUAAUUUAAAGUAAUUAAGUACGAGUCGAUACUAACAGGUCAAUUAUAUUAAAUUUGAUCAAUAAAGUUGAUUCAUUCGUUUUCCACUA